AGGAGGUCCUCAAUUUCCUUUUUUAUAUAAUUUAAAAUAAAACAAAUCAUGACAAAAAAAAAGUGAAAUGAAAGAAAGAAAAAAAGACAAAUGAUGAAAUGAGAAGAGACAGAGAGAGGAUCAGAUGUGAAGUCAACUUCUUCUUCUUCUUUCCUCUCACUCACAAUCUUCACUACACAGAGUCUUCUCUGUGAUUCUCUUUCUCUGCUCUGAAAAAUGGACCCGGAUGUUUCUAACAGGGUCGACUGUUCUGAAUCUAGACGCGAUUCAUCCGGUGGUGGAGCCAGGUAUAAGCUCAUGUCUCCGGCGAAACUCCCGAUCUCGAGGUCCACUUGCAUCACCACCAUUCCUCCUGGUUUGAGUCCGACGUCGUUUCUUGAGUCUCCUGUUCUUCUCUCCAACAUCAAGGCGGAACCUUCUCCUACUACUGGUUCACUGUUCAAACCUCAUGCAGUUCACGCUAACUCCAGCUCCUAUACAGCAAGAACAAUCCGUCAUAAUAUCUUAGACGAGAAAAACUCCAACGAAUCUUUUGAGUUUAGACCUCCUCCUGCAUCCACCAUGUUCUAUGCAGAGCUAGUAGACAAGCAGAGAAGUGAAGCGCACAGUUUCAAACACUCACCAUCUUCAGCCACUGAAGCUGCAUCUUCAAGUGAGAUUAGCCCACAAAAUGCUCUUCCUCAUCAGACAACACCGCCAGGCUCCGAGAGAUCUGAUCAAGAUGAGUCCAGAGGAAGUGCACCGUCUACAAUGGCUGAUGAUGGAUACAACUGGAGAAAAUACGGUCAAAAACACGUCAAGGGAAGUGAGUUUCCAAGGAGUUAUUAUAAAUGCACUCAUCCUAACUGUGAGGUUAAAAAGGUUUUCGAAACGUCACACGAAGGGCAGAUCACUGAGAUUGUAUACAAGGGGACUCAUGACCAUCCUAAACCUCAGCCUAGUCGCCGGAACUCAGGUGGUCUUGUUAUGCCGGCACAAGAAGAAAGACUGGACAAGUGUUCUUCUUUUAAUGGCCAAGAUGAGAAAGGAACUAGCUUGUACAACCUGUCUCCUCCUGUGGAGCAAAACGGAAAUGAUGAUGGUGGAGAUCUUGCAAAUAGGAGUAACGAUGACGUUGAAGACAAUGAUCCAUUCUCAAAACGAAGGAAGGUGGAUGGGGCGAUGGAAGUAACUGCACUAGUGAAACCCAUAAGAGAGCCACGGGUUGUUGUUCAAACUCUGAGUGAAGUUGACAUAUUGGAUGAUGGGUAUAAGUGGCGUAAAUACGGUCAGAAAGUUGUUAGAGGCAACCCUAAUCCCAGGAGCUAUUACAAAUGCACGGCUACUGGAUGCCCAGUGAGAAAACAUGUGGAGAGAGCGUCACACGAUCCAAAAGCUGUUAUAACCACUUACGAAGGCAAACACAAUCAUGAUGUACCAUUGGCAAGGUCUAACAACAACAGCCACCAUGAGUUGUCAGCACCUAGGUUCAGACCAGAAGAGGCCGCCGACGCAGUCAGCCUCGACUUGGGUGUUGGAAUCUCAUCUGCCGUUCCUGACCAUGCAUCAAAUGAGCAUUCGUAUCAGCAGCAACAAGAACAAAAUAUUCGUUCUGAGUUUGUGCAUCAAACUCAAACCAAUGGAGCUAAUGGAUUCAUGUUUGUUCACGGACCUCCCAUGUAGGGAUGUCAAUUGGGCACAUUGUCCAUGGACCGUCCAUGUCCAAAUCGAUAUGGACUAAUAUGGUCACGCCUAAAUCUGUCCGAAGUAUUUUCUGUCCAAAUGGAUUAUGUCCAGAUACGCCCAAAGUCUAAUGGACAAAAGCAAAUGGACAUGGACCGUCCAAAUAUGCCCAUAAUUUUAAAAAUAUCUAGGGUUAGUAUUUGGAGAAAAAAAUCUGAAAUCACAAAUUCACAAAUUCAUAAGUUUAAAACUUUAAUUAUCUUUUGUGAAACAUGAAAUCUAAGUAUCUUUUGUAAAAAAUGAAAUUUAAGUAAAUUUAAGAUGUUAUAUAUAUAUAUGACAUUGUACA